AUGUUUGGAAUAGUGCCUAAGAUGUAGCAAUAUGUUUGCGCAUGGAAUUUUUGGCCUGCGUUCAUGAAGAGAUUCUUAAUGAGUGAGAAAGGUCCUUUCACAAUCUUUUUCUGGACUCCAUUAGCCAAAUGGGGGAUUUCUAUUGCUAACAUAGGUGACAUGCGCAAACCAGUUGAAUAAGUUAACACACUUUAACAAUGCGUUAUAGCUUGGACGGGAUUGUUAUUCACAAGGUGGUGUUUCAUUAUUACACCAAGAGUCUAUAGUUUAGUCAUUUGCAAUUUCUGCAUGGCUCAAACUGGGUUGUAUCAGCUCUACAGAAAACAUCAAUAAGGAAAACUGUUUGCAAGAUGAAAUAAAUAAAAAUACAAUAUAUAUUUUUUAGUAAUCAUACAAAAUAA